UUCCUUAGGACCCAAUAGAGAAGAGGAACAGGAAAGCGCUUCCUGAGUUCGGGGGUCGAGGAAAGAUGGCGACUACCGAAGGGGUUUGGUGCCUGUGCGAGUUGUUGAGAUUUUUUUAUUCAUUAUUCCUCCCUGGGCUGGCAGUCUGUGGAACUUUAUGCGUAUGUCUGUUUAUUAUCCUCUGGGGAAUCAGACUGCUGCUACAGAGAAAGAAAGCAUUAGUAUCAACUGGCAAAAAUGGGAAAAAGCAGAUGGUAGUUGCAUUUUUUCAUCCUUACUGCAAUGCUGGCGGAGGAGGAGAAAGAGUUUUGUGGUGUGCCUUAAGGGCCCUGCAGAAAAAGCAUCCUGAAGCAGUUUAUGUUGUUUAUACUGGUGAUGUUAACGUCAGUGGUCAACAGAUACUAGAAGGUGCUUUCCGAAGAUUUAACAUCAGACUCACUCACCCAGUGAAGUUUGUUUUCUUAAGGAAACGCUAUCUUGUGGAAGAUUCACUCUAUCCUCACUUCACACUGCUGGGCCAAAGUCUAGGGUCCAUUCUUCUUGGCUGGGAAGCUCUAAUGCAGUGUGUUCCUGACGUCUACAUUGAUUCGAUGGGAUACGCGUUCACACUUCCUCUGUUUAAGUAUUUAGGCGGUUGUCGCAUUGGAAGCUAUGUUCAUUAUCCCACGAUCAGCACUGACAUGCUCUCCGUAGUGAAGAAACAAAAUGUUGGAUUUAAUAAUGCAGCUUUCAUUACCAGGAAUCCUUUUCUUAGCAAAGUAAAGCUCAUCUAUUAUUAUUUAUUUGCUUUUAUUUAUGGACUUGUUGGUUCUUGCAGUGAUGUCGUGAUGGUCAAUUCUUCUUGGACACUAAACCACAUUCUCUCCCUAUGGAAGGUUGGGAAUUGCACUAACAUUGUUUAUCCGCCUUGUGACGUACAGACGUUUCUGGACAUUCCCUUACUGGACAAAAAGAAAACCCCAGGACAUUUACUGGUUUCCAUUGGCCAGUUCCGGCCUGAAAAGAACCAUCCUUUGCAGAUCAAAGCCUUUGCUAAAUUGCUGAAUAAGAAGGUGGCUGAGUCACUGCCUUCCCUUAAACUUGUCCUCAUUGGGGGUUGUCGAAAUGAAGAUGAUGAACUGAGGGUAAACCAACUGAGAAGGCUUGCUGAGGAGCUAGGAAUUCAAGAAGAUGUGGAAUUUAAAAUAAACAUUCCAUUUGAUGAAUUGAAGAAUUACUUGUCUGAAGCAACAAUUGGUCUGCACACCAUGUGGAACGAGCAUUUUGGGAUUGGAGUGGUUGAGUGUAUGGCAGCUGGCACGAUUAUCCUUGCCCACAAUUCAGGAGGCCCGAAGCUUGACAUUGUCGUUCCUCACCAGGGAGAGAUAACUGGAUUUCUGGCCGAAAGCGAGGAAGGCUACGCUGAGACCAUGGCUCAUAUUCUUAACAUGUCUGAGGAAAAGAGACUCCAAAUCCGCAGCAAUGCUCGGGCAUCUGUAAGCAGAUUCUCUGAUCAGGAGUUUGAACUGGCGUUCCUGUCGUCUGUGGAGAACUUACUUAAAUAAUGCCAUAUCUGUACAAAUUAAAGAUAUUUUAUAUAAAACGGCUAAAUACCUUCAUACGUUAGUACUUUCCUGAACGUUUCUGUAUUGUAAUGAAGUCAGCCUAAACAGUGCUCUCAGCAAUACAUAGAGAGACAGGAUAUUUAUUUCAAUGAAAAUGAAAAAAAGGCAAAAUUACCAAAUAGUUUAAAUGAAAAGAUUUUAGAUUAGUAUACUGUCCCAGAUUCUGAAAAAUGUGGAUCUGAAAGAAAAAACGAACAGUUGUAUGUUGGUAUAAUCCCUAUUUUUCAGAUCCUGUUUGUCCAAUCACUGUCCCUUAGAACCCAGGAAAGAGAAUUUCCCUUUAGAAUAUAGGAAAUGUGGAAAGGAAAAUGGAGAACUGACGAUUAGAUCAGUACUUUAGAACUGUCCUGACAUCUUGGGAACACAGAAAAAUUCUGGCAUAUUUAAAUUCUCAAUGCUACUGUGGAUGACCUUCUUGAAUAUAUCUGACGGUUUUCCUUAAAGAGAAAAGACAUUUGAAGCAGGCAUCAUCCCGUUCUAAAAGCAGACAGCGAAAAGACAGAGGGACAGUGAGUGCCCUCCGGCCGUAAAGACAGACAGACAGUAACUGCCCGCAGGCGUUUGUCAGGGGCAGAGGCCCAAAGUCUUUCCAUAGCUUGGGGUUCAUAGAGUAGCUUUUUGUUUAGUGCUCCCAGUACAUUUGUACUGAUGGAAAGGGCUACCCUGGUAUCCCGUCACAGUUCCACAUCUCAGGAGCUGCAAGUCUGCUUGAAGCUGUUCAGAAGGUCGGAGUGAGAACAUCGUGCCAAGUUGCUCUUCUCAUAGUGACAAUGGACGAACGGGCUCCGUCCUCCUGGGUCUCUGUUGGCAGCAUCGUGCCUUGGGAGAUGAUUGGUGGCUUUUAGAAAAGCACUCCAGACUAGUGGUUAGAAUACCUGGGCCCGGCCCCAGCAUCUUCAUUUACAAACAUCGGCCCUCCUAAGACUCAAGCUGCUUCUUAAAUCUUUUUGAAAUUCCAAUUCUUCACCUAUAAUCUGUAGGUGGUAAUAACUGUCCUCACUACCUCUCAGUAACUCUGAUUUGGAAAAUAUGUGAAAGGACCUUGAAAACCAGAACUAAGUUUUUUUUUUUUUAAAGGUAC